AUGUCCAAGACGGCCCCGUCAGAGGACGAAAAGUUCCUCUUUGUCGAUAAGGACCUCUUCAACAGCCCUAUGGCUCAGGCCGACUGGUCAGCCAAGAAGUUGGUGUGGAUCCCCUCAGAGAAGCAUGGCUUUGAGGCAGCGAGCAUCAAGGAGGAGCAUGGGGACGAGGUGCUGGUGGAGCUGGCUGAUAACGGCAAGAAAAUAACUGUUAACAAGGACGACAUCCAGAAGAUGAACCCUCCCAAGUUCAGCAAGGUGGAGGACAUGGCAGAGCUUACUUGCCUUAACGAAGCCUCUGUGUUGCACAAUCUACGUGAGAGGUACUUCUCUGGGCUCAUUUAUACAUACUCUGGCCUGUUCUGUGUGGUGGUGAACCCCUAUAAAAUGCUGCCCAUUUACUCUGAGAAGAUCAUUGACAUGUACAAAGGGAAGAAACGACAUGAAGUCCCCCCUCAUAUCUAUGCUAUAGCUGAUAAUGCCUACAGAAACAUGAUGCAAGAUCGUGAGGAUCAGUCCAUUCUCUGCACUGGAGAAUCUGGCGCUGGGAAAACGGAGAACACAAAGAAGGUCAUCCAGUAUCUGGCUGUUGUGGCCUCGUCUCACAAGGGCAAGAAGGACAGCAGUGCUGGCGAGCUGGAAAAGCAGCUCCUUCAGGCUAAUCCGAUCCUGGAGGCCUUUGGAAAUGCCAAGACCAUCAAAAAUGACAACUCCUCUCGAUUUGGAAAAUUCAUCCGCAUAAACUUUGAUGUGACGGGCUACAUCGUUGGAGCUAACAUUGAGACUUAUCUGCUGGAGAAGUCCCGAUGCAUCCGACAAGCAAAGACGGAGAGAGCUUUUCACAUCUUCUACUACAUGAUUGCUGGAGCUAAAGACAAACUGAGAGAGGACCUUCUGCUGGAACCCUUCAGUAACUAUCGCUUCCUGAGUGCGGGCCAUGUUCAGAUUGCUGGGCAGCAAGAUGAUGAGUUAUACGAGGAGACCAUGGAGGCAAUGGACAUCAUGGGUUUCACUGAGGAGGAAAGAACUGAUAUACUGAAGGUUUGCUCCACGGUAAUGCAGCUGGGAAACAUCGAGUUUAAGAAAGAAAGGAAUCAAGAGCAGGCAACCAUGCCGGACAACACGGCGGCGCAGAAGGUUUGCCACCUACAGGGCAUCAACGUGAUAGACUUUACCAAAGCAAUCCUCACCCCUCGUAUCAAAGUUGGCAGAGAGGUCGUGCAGAAGGCCCAAACCAAAGAGCAGGCUGACUUUGCUAUUGAAGCUUUGGCUAAGGCCAUUUUUGAGCGACUUUUCCGCUGGAUCCUGGGUCGUGUCAACAAAGCUUUGGACAAGACCAAACGUCAAGGAGCCUCUUUCCUUGGAAUUCUAGACAUUGCUGGCUUUGAGAUUUUUGAAGACAACUCAUUUGAGCAGCUGUGCAUCAACUACACCAACGAGAGGCUGCAGCAGCUCUUCAACCACACCAUGUUUAUCCUGGAGCAGGAGGAGUACCAGAGGGAGGGCAUCGAGUGGAACUUCAUCGACUUCGGGCUUGACCUGCAGCCCUGCAUCGAGCUCAUCGAAAGGCCGAACAAUCCCCCCGGCAUCUUGGCCCUGCUGGAUGAAGAGUGCUGGUUUCCAAAAGCCACAGAUGUCUCCUUUGUGGAGAAACUCAUAAACACUCAAGGAAACCAUGUGAAGUUUGCCAAAUCUAAGCAGAUUAAAGGCAAAACAGAGUUCUCCGUUCUUCACUACGCUGGAAAGGUGGAUUAUAAUGCCACAUCUUGGCUUACAAAGAACAUGGACCCUCUAAAUGACAACGUAACAGCACUGCUCAACAACUCCUCCAGCCAGUUUGUGCAGGACCUCUGGAAAGAUUCGGACAGGGUGGUGGGUCUGGACACAUUAGCCAAGAUGACAGACAGCUCCAUGCCAAGUGGAUCAAAAACCAAGAAGGGCAUGUUUCGCACUGUGGGACAGCUCUACAAGGAGUCUCUGACAAAACUCAUGACCACACUGCACAAUACUCAGCCCAACUUUGUCAGAUGCAUCAUCCCAAACCACGAGAAAAGGGCAGGCAAGCUGGAUGCACACCUGGUCCUUGAGCAGCUCAGGUGUAACGGUGUAUUGGAGGGCAUCCGAAUCUGUCGACAAGGUUUUCCCAAUCGAAUCGUUUUCCAGGAGUUCCGGCAAAGAUAUGAGAUUUUGGCAGCAAGUGCUAUUCCUAAAGGCUUCAUGGAUGGCAAACAAGCCUGCUGCAUCAUGAUCAAGCAUCUUGACUUGGACCCCAACCUGUACAGGAUUGGACAGAGUAAGAUCUUCUUCCGCACAGGAGUGCUUGCCCAACUGGAGGAGGAGAGGGAUUUAAAGAUCACCGUGAUCAUCAUCGCUUUCCAGGCUCAGGCGAGAGGCUUUUUGGCCAGAAAGGCAUUCGCCAAGCGGCAGCAGCAACUAACCGCUAUGAAAGUGAUCCAAAGGAACUGUGCUGCUUACCUUAAACUCAGGAACUGGCAGUGGUGGAGACUCUUCACAAAGGUCAAGCCUCUGCUACAAGUGACCCGACAGGAGGAGGAAAUGGGCCUAAAGGAGGAAGAAUUACAGAGAGCCAAAGAGGUGGCAACAAAGUUUGAAUCAGAGCUGAAGGAUAUCACCUUGAAACACACUCAGGUUGUUGAGGAGAGAAAUGCCCUGCAGGAGCAGCUCCAGGCAGAGACAGAGCUGUACGCAGAGGCGGAGGAGAUGAGGGUCCGACUGGCAGCUAAGAAGCAGGAGUUGGAGGAGAUCCUCCAUGAGAUGGAAGCCAGGCUGGAUGAAGAGGAAGAACGUGCUCAGACGCUACUGCUGGACAAAAAGAAGAUGCAGCAGCAAAUGCAGGAACUUGAGGAGCAUUUAGAAGAGGAAGAGGAUGCCCGUCAGAAGCUGCAGCUGGAGAAGGUGACCUGUGAAGGAAAGAUAAAAAAGCUUGAGGACGACGUUCUGGUUAUGGAGGACCAAAACAACAAGCUUCUGAAGGAGCGUAAGCUGAUGGAGGAACGAAUUGCUGAUUUUAGUGCCAACCUGGCAGAGGAAGAGGAGAAAUCCAAGAACCUCACCAAGCUCAAAAAUAAACAUGAGUCCAUGAUCUCAGAGUUGGAGGUUCGCCUGAAGAAAGAAGAAAAGACUCGCCAGGAGCUGGAUAAGGCGAAGCGCAAGUUGGAGGCGGAGUCCCAUGACCUACAAGAACAAAUAGCUGAUUUGCAGGCUCAGAUUGCAGACCUUAAAGCUCAACUUGCCAAGAAAGAGGACGAAUUACAGAAUGCAUUGGCCAGGUUAGAAGAUGAGACUGCCCAGAAAAACAACGCUCUGAAGAAAAUCAGAGAGCUGGAGGGACACAUAUCCGACCUGCAGGAGGAUCUUGACUCUGAGCGAGCGGCCAGGAACAAGGCAGAGAAGAUCAAGCGGGACCUCGGGGAGGAGCUGGAGGCACUCAAAUCAGAGCUGGAAGACACUCUAGAUACCACUGCCACUCAACAAGAAUUAAGAGCCAAACGAGAGCAAGAGGUGACCCUGCUCAAGAGAGCCAUGGAAGAGGAGAACCGCACACACGAGGCUCAAGUACACGAGAUGCGACAGAAACACACCCAAGCUGUGGAGGAGCUGACUGAGCAACUGGAGCAGUCCAAACGAGUGAAGUCCAAUCUUGAAAAGGCUAAACAAGCUCUGGAGAAGGAAACCUCUGAAUUAACCAUGGAGGUGCGCUCGCUCACUCAGGCCAAACAGGAUGGUGAGCACAAGAGGAAGAAGUUGGAGGGUCAGAUGGCGGAUCUGCAGUCCCGCUUCUCUGAUAGUGAAAAGCAAAAGGCUGAGCUGGGGGAGCGCUGCUCUAAGAUCACUAUUGAACUGGAGAGUGUGACAAACUUAUUGAAUGAAGCAGAGGGCAAGAAUAUCAAACUAAGCAAAGAUGUUUCAAGCCUUUCUUCCCAGCUCCAAGAUACACAGGAGCUUUUGGCCGAGGAGACACGUCAGAAACUGCAGAUCUCUACAAAGCUGCGACAAGCAGAAGAUGACAAGAACAGCCUGCAGGAGCAGCUGGAGGAGGAGACGGAGGCCAAGAGGAACGUGGAGCGCCAUGUUUCCACCCUCAACAUCCAGUUAUCAGAUGCAAAGAAGAAGAUGGAGGAGAUGUCUGGUAAUAUAGAGCUUCUGGAGGAGGGGAAAAAGCGGUUGCAAAGAGACCUGGAGGCAGCCAACACUCAGUUUGAAGAGAAGGCCUCUGCAUACGAUAAGCUAGAGAAGACCAAGAACCGUCUGCAGCAGGAGCUGGAGGACACGUUGAUGGACCUGGACAACCAGAGACAGGUUGUGUCCAACCUGGAGAAGAAGCAGAAGAAGUUUGAUCAGAUGCUGGCUGAGGAGAAGAGCAUCUCCAGUAAAUAUGCAGAUGAAAGAGAUCGUGCAGAAGCCGAGGCCAGAGAAAAGGAAACCAAGGCUCUGUCACUGGCGAGGGCUCUGGAGGAAGCCCAAGAUUCCAGAGAGGAGCUGGAGAGGGCCAACAAGGCCCUGAAGACUGAGAUGGAAGACCUGAUCAGUUCCAAGGAUGAUGUUGGAAAAAAUGUACAUGAGUUGGAGAAGUCCAAACGAGGCCUGGAGGCCCAGGUGGAGGAGAUGAAGACCCAGCUAGAGGAGCUGGAGGAUGAGCUGCAGGCAGCUGAAGAUGCCAAACUGCGCCUUGAGGUCAACAUGCAGGCCUUGAAGGCCCAGUUUGAAAGAGACCUUCAAGGGCGGGAUGAGAUGGGAGAGGAGAAGAAGAGGCAGCUCAUUAAGCAGGUCCGUGAGCUGGAGACAGAGCUGGAAGAUGAGCGUAAACAGAGAACCCAGGCUGCAGCAGCCAAGAAGAAGCUGGAGACGGACAUGAAAGAUCUGGAGAGUCAGAUAGAGACGGCCAAUAAGGGACGAGAUGAGGCCAUCAAGCAGCUUCGCAAGCUCCAGGCCCAAAUGAAGGACUACCAGAGGGAGCUUGAGGAUUCUCACGCUGCACGGGAAGAGGUGCUGUCCUCUGCUAAGGAGAGCGAGAGAAAGGCAAAGAGUCUGGAGGCGGAGCUCAUGCAGUUACAGGAGGACCUGGCUGCAGCUGAAAGAGCACGGAAGCAGGCAGAGGCUGAGAGAGAUGAACUUUCUGAUGAGCUGGCAAGCAACUCUUCUGGAAAAUCUGCGUUGGCGGAUGAUAAACGCCGUCUUGAAGCCAAGAUAAGCCAGUUGGAGGAGGAGCUUGAGGAGGAGUCGAGCAACAUGGAGAUCCUCAACGACCGACUGAGGAAGAGUGGCCAGCAGGUGGAGCAGCUGCAGAAUGAGCUGCAGACAGAGCGCACCACCUCUCAGAAAAACGACAGUGCCCGGCAGCAGAUGGAGCGCCAAAAUAAGGAGCUGAAGGCCAAGCUGCAGGAGAUGGAGAACCAGGUCAAGUCCAAGUUUAAGUCCUCCAUCACUGCCUUGGAGGCUAAGGUGGCACAGUUGGAGGAACAGCUGGAGCAGGAGAAUAGAGAUAAGCAGGCUAGUGCCAAAAACAUGCGCCAGAAGGACAAGAAGCUCAAGGACCUGAUGAUUCAGCUGGAAGAUGAAAGAAAACAGUCAGAGCAAUACAAAGAUCAGGCAGAGAAGGCAAAUACUCGUAUGAAGCAGCUGAAGAGGCAGUUAGAGGAGUCAGAGGAGGAGUCUCAGCGUGCCACAGCUGCCCGCAGGAAGCUGCAGCGCGAGUUGGAUGAAGCCACUGAGGCCAAUGAUGCCAUGACCCGUGAAGUCAGCUCCCUCAAGAACAAACUCAGACGUGGAACGGAGCCCUCCUUCAGCAGCGCACCACGGCGUAUGGGUGGAGGCCGAAGGGUGGUUGAAGACGCCUCAGAGGAGGAAGGAGAUACCCAAAAUGACUUCAAUGGAACCAAGUCCUCAGAAUAAGAUAUUUUGGAAAUCAGGUGGAGGGUUUAGAGUUCUGGGGAAUGUCUGCACCUAAAGGUUGUGUCAAAACCCUGCUUUGUUAUCCUUUACGUCAUUUCUAAACAUUUAUUUUCCUACCAUUUUUUUUUUCCGGUAGUUAACAGUUAAUGCUUUGUAGCACACGUUCUUAACACAAACCAUCAGGACUUGAUGUUCACAAGGAGUCUUUUGGGCGGCUCUGAUGUGAUUUGCUGUUUCUAACAAACACUGUUUGUACUGCACUGAAUGACUGAUUCUUUCUUAUUCAAUGUUUUCUCCACAGACUUAAAAGCCUUUUAUCAACACCCACUUUAAACAAACAUGUAACUAAUAUCAGUGACUGUCGUCCUGUUGCCUGUGACUGCUGUUAUCGUUUCACAGCAGUACUGAAAUGGGUUCAGAUUGGAUGUGUAGUUUUGGCUUUCUGCAUCCAGUCAGUGCUGACUUUUAUAUCUGAAAAAUAUAUUAACCCAGACUUGUUUUUUUUUAAGUCACAGAGUAUUUGCACCUUUCCUGUACCAGGAUGUCUUUAUGAUUUUGCCCACUAGAGAUCAGACAAAGUUUGUCCCCCAUAAAAUUAAUCAUGAACUUGCUAUCGGGCACUUGGCAGCACUCAUUUUAUUUUCCAUAUGUUCAAAUUUACUGUACAUGUUCUACUAUUCUCCACAUUUAAACCAAUGAAAUCUUCGUAUUAUCAACUAUUGUUUAC